UUCGUCAGCCGCGACGCGGCGUUUGGCGCGUGCUUCGACGCGGCGAUGCGUUCCGACAGCCGCUUCGUGUCGGAGAUCCUCGUCCGCGAGUGCGGCGAGGUGUUCGCGGGGGUGGCGUCGCUGGUGGACGCCGGUGGCGGCGACGGGACGACGGCGAUGGCCAUUGCAAGGGCGUUCCCGCACGUGAGGUGCUCGGUGCUGGAGCUGCCGCACGUGGUGGACGCCGCUGCGGCUGCUGGUAGCACGGUUGAGUUCGUUGCAGGCGACAUGUUGGAGUUCAUCCCUCCGGCUGAGCUGGUUUUGAAAAAGUUUGUGCUACAUAACUGGAGCGACGAGGAUUGUGUUCGGAUCUUGAAACGAUCCAAAGAAGCUAUUUCGACUCGAGAACCAAAGGGGAAGGUGAUCAUAAUUGAUGUCGUGUUAGGAUCGUCUCCGUCUAAACAGACAUUGGAAGCUCAACUUUCUCUGGAUCUAUGCAUGAUGGUGCUAUUUCCAGGUAAACAGAGAGAGGAGGAGAAAUGGCACAAGAUCUUCUUAGAAGCAGGGUUUAGUCGAUACAAGAUUAGUCCUGUCUUAGGAUCUCGAUCGUUCAUUGAGGUCUAUUCAUAA